ACAACCAUCCUAAUCUCACUCUGCCUUGCCUCCCUGUGUCUCUAAGUCUCCAAGCUAUCGAGCGUACCGCUAUCUAUUCUUUUCUCUCUUAUCCAGCUGUUACUCUGAGCCCUACAGUCUGAGCCGCGGGCCUUGUGAUGUCGGGAGUCGCUUGGCAUUAUGUCUUAAAGUUCAUCAUUACAGGUGACGCAGCUGUGGGCAAGUCCUCACUGCUCAUCCGCCUCACCGACCAACGUUUCCUAGCAAACCCGGAUCCUACUCUAGGAGUUGAAUUCGGCUCGAAGCUGAUCACGAUACCUGAAGAGAACAAAGUGGUGAAACUGCAAUGUUGGGACACAGCAGGGACUGAAUCCUUCCGCUCAAUCACCCGCUCGUACUACCGCGGCGCAGCAGGCUGCCUGCUCGUGUACGACGUCACCUCGCGACAAAGCUUUGUAAACGCGCGCUCGUGGCUCCAGGACGUCCGCGAACACGCCGACCCACAUCUGACGUGCAUCCUCGUCGGCAAUAAAGUCGACCUGUGUUUGGACGAGGGGCCCGCAGACCCGAGUCAGGAUCCGCCGCCGCCGCCGUCGGACACACUGUCAAAGCCAGGGAAGCGGAAGCGUGAGGUGUCGACAGAGGAAGCGGAGAUAUGGGCGCAGGAAGAGGGUCUGCUCUUCGUGGAGACAAGCGCCAAGUCAGGCGUGAACGUCGAGAUGGCGUUCGAGCGUGCAACCAGGGACAUCUUAGAGAAGGUUCGCAAGGGUGCGUUUGAUGAAGAUCGCUCUCCUGGAGUUAAAUUGUCGCAAUCCAGAACUGACGGACUCGCCGUUGAUACAACAGCUUCGGCAUCACGGUGCUGUUGACCUGUCGUGUGCUGAUAGUGGGGAUAUUUCGAUGUUUUAUAUACCAGCGGGCCUGAUGGACUGCGGGCAUCUUUGUGAGAUGGUGCUUGUGCGUACAUGUAUUUCUUUCUUGAGCUUCUCGCCAUGUCGUGUACAUGUGUAUUUUAAUCUGUGUAUCAUCGUAACUACGCUUCUAUCCCGAC